ACUAGGAGAAAUGAGACAGCCCCAGGGGAAGAGCAGGUGAAUUGCACAGGGGACCAUCCCAGCUUGGGUGGAGCAAAGGAAUAGGGAUAAAAAGGGGCAGCUGGCUGGCUUGUGUCCUGUAGCAGCUCUGCCUCCUGAUCUGCAGGGAGGUGGUGGCUUGUCCUCGGCUCUACUGGGUACAGCUGUGCAAGGUGCCUACCAGGAAGAAAACCCCACUCGGGUGCCAUGUGGCGGCAAUCCCAGCUUCUCUUCCUGGUGUGUCUGAUUCUGUCCAGUGGCUCUGCUGACAAGUUUAUAGAUGAUGAAGAGGAGGAUGGCUGCACAUUAAUAGAUGCUCUCCCAUACAUGGUCGUGGGCGGAGUUGCUCUGAUGUACGGAGGACCAGCCCUGGUGGGUGCAUUGGGGUUCCAGGCCACCGGCAUAGCAGCCAAGUCCGUGGGUUCCUGGUUGAUGAGCUGGUCUGCCAUAAGUUCAGGAGGCGGCGUGCCUGCAGGGGGAGUCGUGGCCACGCUCCAGAGCCUCGGGGCUAAAGCAGGCAGCAUGGCCUGGGGAUCGAUUGGCUCCAAGAUGGGCUACGCUGCCCACCAGAACUUCAUCUGUGGCAAGAAACGGAAGUCCAAGAAGCAGUAAUCCCCUUUCCCCUCUCGCCGGCUGUCGGGAAAGCUACCGCUGGGCUCUUGAUACCGAGCCUGGGCAUAGGUGUAGUUUGACUUCUGUAUGAAGGUGUUUGAUGUAAUUCCUUCUGAAAUAAAUAGGCAUGUUUGGCCAGGUCUACACUA